UCGUCAAAUUGUAAUCAAUUAUUGUUAAAAUUAAAGAAUUCUUACUGUGAAUAUGUAUUUAGUGCUUAUCAAUACAAAAAAUUAAUUACUUUUUAUAUCUCCGUGACUUCUACGCUUUAGAUGGGAUUUCUUCUAUUCCUUUGAGCGGACUUCUACGCUUUAGAUGGGAUUUCUUCGAUUCCUUUGAGCGGACGUCACAUGGAACUUGAGCGUUUUAAACGAGAUUUCUUCGAUAAUUUUGAGGGUUUUAUCGCAAAAACAAUUUUCUAUGAAAACAAUAAUAAGAUGGAUUUAAAUUGUCCAAGUUUAAGCGAUAAUCCUUCGAAUACAAUCCCAACAUCAACAUCGUUUCAAAUUUUAAGUUCAAAUUCCGUUUUUGAAUUAAGCGAAACUUUUUUCGAUUACACCGAGAGAAACGAUGAAGAAAACGAGGAGAAAGUUACACCGGAAGAAGCGUUAGAAAUGUAUUUGGACGAUUUAAAUUAUCGCAAGGAAGAUAUGGAACAAGAAGCUUUAAACUUUUUAAAAGAAAUUUACGAAUCGGAGGAAUUCAACGAUCGAUCGAAUUUAAAAGACGUCGCGACUCAAGUUAAUCAAAAAAAUUUAAUUAACUUUCAAAAGGAAAUCGAGGAAUUAAUGAAAAGUGAAGAACCGAUCGAUUUUCCUUUAACGAAAUUAUCACAAGAAAAAUACAGAAUGGAACAUAUCGCGGAGGUUAAAAGGAAAUGUCGCGAAAAUCGUAUCAUUUUAGAGAAACAAAAAGAGAGUGUUAAACGAAUUAAAGACGGCAUUUUUGAGGCAAUGGCCGAAAUGAACCGGCAAAAAACAAGAAGAAGAAAUGCGAUUAGAGCCAGCGAACAAUUAGCACUUCAAAUGAACCCGAACGAAAAAGUGUCGCGUUUCACGGUCGUCUCAGUCAAAAAGGUGCGAAAAUCGCAAUUAUUAGGCAAACAGAGACGAUUAGACGACAUUAUAAGGAAAUUAGUGCGCGAGGAACAAAUUCGGAGGGAAGUUAAAGCCUUAAAAGAGAAAACUUACGAUUACAAAGUAAGAAAAAAAGAAAAAAUUAUUUACGGAAUGGCAAUUAAAGGUGCCAGAAUCAUUUUGAAAGAGAGACCGCGAAAAAUCGUUGAGGAUGUCGCUGAAGAUGUUCACGAAGAAGAACUCGUCGAAGAAGAUGAUGAUAAAAAGAAGAAAGGUAAAAAAGAUAAAAAAGAUAAGGGUAAAAAAGAUAAAAAAGGAAAAGAUAAAAAGAGUAAAGAUAAAAAAAGUAAAGAUAAAAAAAGUAAAGAUAAAAAAAGUAAAGAUAAAAAAAGCAAAGAUAAAAAAAGUAAGAAAGGUAAGAAGGAUAAGAAAGAAAUCGAAGAAUUCGUUAUGCCCGAAAUUCCGAUAAUCAACGAACAUUACAAAAUAAGAAAUGUUGUGCCCGAGGCGAUGUUAAACAUGAUUGCUGUCGAUCAAGACUUUCGCGACACGUUAAAACAGAUCGAAAUUGAGCGCAAAUAUCUGUAUGAGAAAAAAAGCUACGAUGUUGAUAAAAAAAUCGUUUUUUACCCGAAUCCAAUCGUAUUCAGUGAAGUAAAAAAUGGUUAUUAUUACACAAAAAGCGUUUCUGUGAUUAACAUGGACGGCUUUCCCAAGAAAAUUAAGGUUUUGAAUGCGGAAAUUUUUAAUGGAGAGAAUUACGAGCACAUUGAGGUCGAAAAAUUUGGGAUAUAUCUUUUAAUAAGCGGUUUACCGUUUUCUUUCAAAAUCAAAAUUCAUUCAAGUCAAAUAACCCAUCCGGUCAAUGGAAACAUCACUUUUCUCACCUGGUCAACGAAGACUCCGUUUAAAGAGCUCAACAUAAACGACCCCUGCGGAAAUGAAACCAAAAAUGAUUCAAAAUUCCAUCCGAUUAUAAAAGAGUCAAGUUUAAAAGUUGAAAUUUUAACCCCCUACGAUGAAAUAAUCGUCACUCCGCACGAAUUCGAUUUUGGGAGUAUUCAAUUUUGGAAAAUUAAAAACAAUUUUCUUCGGAAAACUUUAAGAAUAAUUAAUCACCAUGAGAAAUUGUGCCAAGUUUAUAUCCAUAAAGUAUUAGAUUCGUUCGAUUACGAAAAGUUUUUGAGAUAUCACGCCGAAGCCGAGCGAGAAUUAAACGAAGGAGAGGAUGAAAAUGGAGAGGAAGGUUUCGGCUCGGACAUUUUCGACGAUUCCGGUUAUUUCAGUUUUUCGGAAAAAUCGUUUUUCGUCGAUGGUCGUAGCGAAAAAGAAGUUUUUGUCGAUUUUAAACAACCCGAUUACAUCGGGGAUUAUUUCGAUAAAUUCCAAGUAAAGAUUUACCAAGAAAACGAAGAAAACUAUUUCCAUAUCGUCGAUUUUAAGACGAUUAUUUUAACGGCCGAAACAAUCCCUUACUUCAUCAACGUAGUUCCAGAAACGUUAGAUUUCGAAAUAACCUCAAUCGAUUCAACGUAUCAAACCCAAAUAAAACUUUUUAAUUCAUCGAAAUUACCCCAACGCAUCUUAAUCGCUUUUCCAACCCGUUUAAAAUCUUAUUUAAGCUGUUUAACCCCGGAAGUGAUCAUACCCGGGCAUAACUGUACGGAAAUGUCGAUUAAAUUCUAUCCGGAUGAAAAAUUAACCACCGAAAAAGAUUACCAAAAAUAUUACGAUGAAGAAACGAGAAUUUUAAAUUUCAAUAUUUCUUUGAAGUUGGUCGCGAAGAACAGCGAUGAUUUUCCGGUUAUUAAAGUGCCGGUUUUUGCGAUUGUCGUCCCGAAAAUGCCGUUGGUUUUGAAGCCGUUGUAUGAUGAUCAUAUCACGAUCGUUAACGAUGAUAUGGGUGAUAAUGUUGUUUCUGUUGAUUGCGGAUCGGUUAAUGAUCGCGAAAAUGCUUUUGUUAAGAUUGGUUUGACUAAUUAUGGAUUGGAUAUGCAGCACUUUGGAUUUUUGAAAUGCCCAAAGUACGUAAAUAUUUCCCCAAAUUACGGAUUUGGCGUUAUAGAACCACUCCAAUCAAAAAUUUUAAAGGUUUAUAUCUGCUUGGAAAAAGAAGAUUUGGCAAACGUUUCCACAACCUCGAAAGUUUUGUUUUUCAAGUUAACCAUAACAACGAUUAAGCAAUUGGGUUCUGUUGAAAAGAAAUUUGAUUUAAAAGCUUAUAAAAAAACGCUCAAUUUAAUGGAAUCCGUUUUGAAUCAAUCCAAAAAAGAGGAUGUCUUAGAAACGGAAAUGAAUAAUUCUUUGAUUCGGUUAAAAAACGAUGAAGAAUUUAUGAUGUACCUCGAAAACAUAAAAUAUUUACAACACGCCGAAGACGAAGAAUAUCGAGUGGAAGAAGAAAAUACUAUUACUUUCGAAAUUACUCAAUCAGCCGAAUCGAACGAGAUUUCGAGGCACUUAACAAGCUUAAUUUCUAUCGAUAAAAGUUUAAAACGUGACUCAAUUUACUUCGUUUGCGAAUUAACGGAGAAUUGGUCCAAAUUAAGCCACGAAUGGUUAAUUUUACCCAACACACCUUGCGGAUCUUAUUCAAUGUUCAACAUUGGGCUGACUUCCACCCCGCCGAAACCAACGAAAAAGGGAGAAAAAUUAAUCGUGGGGCAAUUCGAGAUUUUCUGCGAUAAUAAUUUGAUCCAAGUCGAACCGAGAUGUGGGGAAAUUAAACCGAACGAGACCAAACAAAUCAAUUUGAUCGCAAAACCCGAGAUACCACAAAACAUAAUCGAAGACAAAGCCAAGGAAAUUCGUAAAGAUGAAAUAAUGAAAUCAAAAAUUGAUGAGAUUAUUGAAAAGAGAAAGCGGGAAAAGGCAGCCAAAGAGGCUGCGGCGAAAGCUAAAGCGGAAAAGGAGUCUAAAAAGGGAUCCAAGAAAGGAUCAAAAAAGGAUUCUAAAAAGUCUGCGAAGAAAGGAAAAAAAGGUAAAGCUGAAGAAACCGAUGUUAAAGAAAAAAAGCCACCUCCAGAAGAAAUUGAAGAACCCUUACCGGAAAUAACCGUCGAUGAAAGCGAAAUAAUUUUAACCCCGUUCGAUUUUUACCCAACCGAAAUGAUUUUAUGGAGAGAUUUCUCACCCUACGUCAUCCACACAACCUUUACAAUCAAAGUGACUUAUUCAGAGUCUCAAAAAUCGGACGAAAUCUUCCUAAAAGCUUCGUGUCAAGUGAUUAUGCCCGAUUUUAACCACAACCUAAACACGCAACACAUCGAUUUCGGCCCAACGGUUAUCGGCGAUUCAAGAAGAAUCAUUUUGGAGUUGAGAAACAUUCAACACACCCCGAUUAAACCAACCCUCGAGAAACUCCAAACAUCCCAAAUUUUUUUUACACCAAACGUCGUUCAACUUCCCCUCCCCCCCGAGCAUAUUUUAACCGUCCCUGUUUCGUUUAAACCGAAAGAAUCGACGAAUGUGAGUAUUUCGAUUAAUUUAAUAAUAAGUAUAAUCGGGGCCUUUGAAUGAAGGUCGCCCCACGACGCUUUUAAAAACGAAAGUAGGCUGUUUAUGGCGCAUUUUACACCGGGGGUGUUUCACGUAAUAUCUCCCUGGGCCGGGUUUUAUUUCCCAUUUACCCCCUUUUCGCGCGAUUUGUUGUGAACUCAAAAACGGGUAUA